AAAUAUACUAGACAUGAAGAAAGCAAUUUGGACAAUAUUUUAUCACAUAGCCUCUACUGACGAAAAUCCACAACACUUGUAUUGUCCCGUUGGAGCCAACAGCUGGUGUGACUGGCGUAAAGCAGAAUUUCACAAAAGUUUAAACACAUUUACUCAUAAAGAAAGACUUAAUGACAACAUUUUAAUAUCUAUUCACUCAAUAUUCCAAGAUUUAACUUCUGAUAAUUUAUUGAAACCAUAUCUGAAAACAUAUAGCCAUAAUAAAAAUGAUAAUCAUCUACUUUCUCUCAUAUCGACUUUUGCUUCAGAUAUAACAGAUUGCAACAUAUCAAUAGACAUUGCUACAUUUUUGGCUGUCAGUAUAUAUAACGAAGGAUAUCAAAUUAUCCUACAAAUAAUGUCAUUUUUGAAUAUUUUAAUAGGACGACAGGCAAAACAGUUUAUAGACUUAAUGAACAGCAAACAAAUAAAAGGUUUAGAACACCUGAUGAUGAACUCAUAA